AUGGCGGGCCCCGAAGGCAAAGAGUCCAAGCCGUCGCGGGGGGCCGUCACCCUCAAGACGCCCAAGGGCACCCGUGACUGGAGCGGCCCGGACAUGCUCCUGCGCGACGAGGUCUUCAAAUCCAUCACCGACGUCUUCAAGCGCCACGGCGGAACGCCCCUCGACACCCCCGUCUUUGAGCUCAAGGAGAUCCUCGCCGGCAAGUAUGGCGAGGACUCGCGCCUCAUGUACGACCUGGAAGACCAGGGCGGCGAGCUCUGCUCCCUGCGCUUCGACCUGACCGUCCCCUUUGCCCGCUGGCUGGCCAUGAACAACAUCCAGCAGGUCAAGCGCUACACCCUCGCCAAGGUCUACCGCCGAGACCAGCCCGCCAUUGCCCGCGGCCGCCUCCGAGAGUUUCACCAGUGCGACUUUGACAUUGCCGGAGUCUACGACCCCAUGAUCCCCGACGCCGAGACCCUGCGCAUUAUUGUCGAGGUGUUUGAGGCCCUCGACCUCGGCAUCACCAUCAAGCUCAACCACCGCAAAAUCCUCGACGGCCUGUUUGCCGUGGCCGGUGUCCCCGCCGACAAGAUUCGCUCCAUCAGCUCCGCCGUCGACAAGCUGGACAAGAUGGCCUGGCCUGAUGUCAAGAAGGAAAUGGUGGAAGAAAAAGGCCUCCCCGAGGACGUCGCGGACCGCAUCGGCGAAUAUGUGCGCCACAGUGGCACCGUCACGGAAAUGGUCGACUUUUUGAGGGCCAACGAGACGCUCAGCGCCAACGAGAGCGUCAAGGCCGGCCUCGACGACAUGGCUCUUCUGGGCUCCUACCUCAAGGCCUUGGACGUCAUCCACAAAAUCAACUUUGACCUGUCGCUCGCGCGAGGCCUCGACUACUACACCGGGCUGAUAUACGAAGUCAUUAACCUGCCGCCCAAAAACGACGACGCCGAAGGCAACAAGAAGAGCAAAAAAGACGAUCCGGCCAAUCAGGUCGGCAGCAUCGCCGCGGGCGGACGCUACGACAACCUGGUGGGCAUGUACGGCAAGCGGACGAUUCCCUGCGUGGGCAUAUCGUUUGGCGUCGACCGCAUCUUCACCAUCCUCAAGGCGCGCCGCGAGAGGGAGAACGCGGCCAAGGCGCGCGGAACCGACGUGUACGUCAUGGCCUUUGGCGGCAAGGAGUUUGAGGGGCUGCUCCUCGAGCGCAUGGACGUGGCCCGCCGGCUGUGGAACGCGGGCAUCCGGGCCGAGUUCUCGCCCAAGGUGAAGCCCAAGCUGCCGCAGCAGUUCAAGGCGGCAGAGGAUGUGCCGCUGGGCGUCAUCCUGGGCAAGGAUGAGCUGGCUGCCGGACAGGUGCGGCUGAAGUCGCUGGGGCAGGGCGACGACAAGUCGGACAAGGAUCGGGGGAUACUGGUCAAGCUCGACGACUUGGCCGACGAGGUUAAGAAGCUGCUGCUGUAG